AUGGUGAGGGCAAGACCAGGCCCCUCUUGCAGAAGAAAGAGAGUUCACAGCAAUCUUCGUCUUCGGUUGUUCUUGGAGAUUGGCUGUCUGAAUCUCGCUUGUGAGUUAUCAGCAACCUUGGGGUCCUGCACACACGAUGCUAAUCCUACGCUCCUUAGUCACGGGCUUGAACCACAAACAUCUCGAAGUCCCACGGACGAUACAGAUCGACCCAUAACACCGACAUCCUCACCUCCUCGAUGGAAACCCAAGGGUCUUGUGUCUCCCACCAAGAAGAUCCCUCGCAUUCCUGCCACACCCCACCAUCCACGAAUGGAUACAUUUUGGGAUCAAGGAUUCAUUGACGAUUGGAACGAAGAGCACUCCCCCAAGAAGCAGCUCUUCCCCGACUCGAACACCAACAAGAGCCCCUCCAAGAGAGCCAACAGUCCCACCAAGAGAGCUGAGCCGAGUCAAACAACUGUACAGAGAGCUGCCAAGAAGGCCUUCUCCGAGUCCAAGCAGGAAGUAGCCAGCAGCUUCCUCCAGGAGCUUGACGAGCGCAUCACUAAGGGACGGAUCUCCGAGCUCUCCGCCUCGACGGGUGGCGUCCGCAUCGAAUGGGCCAACAAGCUCAACACGACGGCUGGGCGUGCCAACUGGAGACGCGAGACGGCCAGGAAGAAGGGCAAGGACGGUGUGAUCAUCUCGGAAGAGCACAAGCACCACGCCUCCAUCGAGCUGUCGACCAAGGUCAUUGACGACUCUCACCGACUGCUUAACGUCAUCGCGCACGAGUUCUGCCACCUGGCCAACUUCAUGAUCUCGGGCGUCACCAAGAACCCGCACGGGCGGGAGUUCAAGGCCUGGGCGGCCAAGGUCACAGAGGAGUUUGGAGACCGGGGCAUCGAGGUUACUACCAGGCACAGCUACGACAUUGAUUUCAAGUAUGUGUGGGAGUGCACCGAGUGUGGGUCCGAGUUCAAACGCCACUCCAAGAGCAUCAACACCGAGCGGCACCGGUGCGGCUCAUGUAAGGGCGAGCUGAAGCAGACGAAGCCGGUGCCGCGGGCGCGGCCGGGCAAAGAGAGCGAUUACCAGCGCUUCAUGAAGGAGCAGAUGAGGAUCAUCAAGGAGGAGAACCCGGGGAGCCCACAGAAGGACAUCAUGAGGAUGGUGGCGAGUCGGUGGAGCCAGCAGGAGAAGGCAAAGGGUUGCAAGGCCGUGGACGACAGUUCCAGCGUGUCUCCGUUAUCGCAGACCAGUGGUGGUGAAAACAAGGUCGAGGGCGUGACGAAGUCAUUGGAUCAGCUGACUAUAGUCGACUUGACUUGA